AUGGCUAAACUUCUAUUGCUGUCCAUCGCCGCAUUGGCUACACUGUCACAUGCUCUGACUCCAAACUGCUCCGUAGCAGCUUUUGAGGCGAUCGUUCCACCCACCGCUACAGUGGUUUUGGUCCAGGAAGUAUCUCAAAAUGCCACGUUCACCGUGCCAGUUGCCGACACUGGAUUUCCAACCAACCCGGCACGACUACCUGCUCUCUGUGCCAUACAGAUUGAGAUGUCCACGGAGGCAGGCACUACUUUCAAUUGUGGUCUCUUCCUUCCCAAGAACUGGACUGGCCGCUUCUUGACUUCUGGAAAUUCUGGGUUUGCUGGAGGUGUCAAUUAUCUUGAAAUGGGUGCUGGUGCCUCUUAUGGUUUUGCCGCUAUGUCGACUGAUACUGGACAUGAUUCAAGUGUAUUUGGUAACGCUUCUUGGGCCGUUGACCCUGAAUCCGUAACAGAUUGGGCUUGGCGUGCCAUGCAUCUGUCUGUUGUCGCUGCCAAGGAGGUAGUUGAAGCAUACUAUGGCAAAAAUAUCACUUACGGUUACUACAACGGCUGCUCCACCGGAGGACGACAAGGAUUAAAGGAAGUCGAGGAGUUCCCAGACGACUUUGAUGGUGCAGUAAUCGGUGCCCCUGCUUGGUGGACUGUCCAUUUACAACUAUGGAAUGUUCAAACGGCGCUUUACAAUUAUCCAUCAACCGCGCCUGGCUACAUCCCAAGCAAAUCUCAGCUCGACACUCUGUAUCACUAUUACAAUGACUGGGUAAUUGGUAACCAGACAUUCGUCUUCCCUCACUUUGAGAUCGGUAGCGAAGGUCUCUGGGGAGGCGGUUCGUCACCCGAUCUCGACUACCCACAAUAUUUCCUUGGUUUAGGAACCAAUUUCACUGCUGAUGAUUGGGAUCCCGAAUAUCUUGUCGCGUUGUCUGAAGCUCUCAACCCUGGCAAUGCUACUGCUGACAAUUUCGAUCUUUCUCCCUUCUAUAAGAAGGGUAGCAAGAUUAUCCAUUACCAUGGUAUGGCAGAUAAUUCUAUAGCGACCGCCAGCAGUGUAUACUUUUACGAACAUGUGUUGCGCACUUUAAAAUCCCAAGGCAUUGAUCUGGAUGACUUCUAUCGAUUUUUCUUGGUCCCAGGAAUGGAGCAUUGCAGUGGAACUCCUUCUACCCAGAACGCGCCUUGGUACAUUGGAGGUACUACCCAAGCAUCGGUCAUUGGCGAUGAUUCCACCGGUUAUUGGAUCCAUAGUAAGCCUGGUUUUGACAAUGCUCAACAUGAUGUAUUGCUUGCCUUGAUCGACUGGGUCGAAAAUGAUACCGCACCAACUCAAGUUAUUGCAACUAAAUGGAAUGAUGAAGCUACAUUGGAUUACGUCACCAACCAACGACCAAUCUGUAUGUACCCUCAACAGGCAAAGUACGUGGGUACUGGAAACACAAGUGUUGCAACCAACUGGGAAUGUCAAUCACUUUACUAG